GAAUGAGUUUUGGAUUUAUCCAGGCUUAGCCCAAGUGUAACGGACGACUCGUGGAGGUGCCGAGUAUGCUAAACGUGGCAGUUUUCUGAAUUCCUAAAGUGCAAAAUUCACUAACCGCUUGUCGUCGCUUAUGCAUUUCAACAAACAUUUACUUUGCAAAAACUCUUAACCAGUCACUGGUAGGAGCAUGAGCUAAUUCAGUUCCAGUCCUUUGAUGAGAUCUUACAAUUCCCGAUGAGGAAUGUUUAUGCAGGUCUCAAGCGUCAUCGCCAUGCCUCAUUUCUAUCCAAAACUUUAUGUCGUAACGGUAACGUUUUGUUGAUUCUGAGGAAUUGUACAUCAUUAGGUCGCAAAGAUAUUGAUUUCAGAAGGAGACGAGAUACUUUGUUUCUGCCAUACUUGCAGUUUCAAAGAUUCUCCACAGGUUUUACUAGUGUACAUGGCGAACGGCCAUCUGCAGAGUAUGCAAAAUUGAGGAAGGAAUCGCUUGAAAGUGAAUUUGGGAUAGCUCUUGGUGCUUAUAGUUCCAAAAGAGUAUCUCUCAUGUACCGGUUUGGUCCAUUUUUAGCCUUGUAUAGAGCAGCUAUCAUUUCUUUUCAUGUGUUGAAGUUAACUCUUUGGCAACUUUUUGUUCGAGACAUUAAAAAACGUGCCAUCAAGUUUCGAGAAACUCUAAUCCACUUGGGGCCUUUCUAUAUCAAGCUUGGUCAGGCUUUGAGCACAAGACCAGAUAUAUUGCCAACUGUGUACUGUCAAGAACUUGCUAAGUUACAGGAUCAAAUACCACCAUUUCCUACCGAUGUUGCAAUUAAAUCCAUUGAAUCCCAGAUUGGCGUUCCAAUUUCACGAAUUUUUUCUAACAUUAGUCCGGAGCCUAUUGCUUCAGCAUCCUUGGGGCAGGUGUAUAAAGCUCAUCUGCAUUCUGGUGAGGUUGUAGCUGUCAAGGUACAGAGACCGGGUAUGUCAGUUUUGUUGACCCUUGAUGCGCUGUUAUUUCAUAUGAUUGGUGGUCAAUUAAAGCGUUUUGCGAAGGCCCGCAAGGAUCUAUUAGUUGCAGUAAAUGAGGUGGUCAGGCACAUGUUUGAUGAAAUUGAUUACAUCCUAGAGGGGAAAAAUGCUGAACGCUUUGCUUCUCUUUAUGGCCGUGACCCAUGUAACAGCAUGCACCAGAAGAAAGCAAAGUCUGUUAAAGUUCCUAAAAUUUAUUGGGAUGCGACCUGCAAGGGUGUGCUUACGAUGGAAUGGAUAGAUGGAAUCAAACUUACAAAUGAAGCAGCACUAAAAAGAGCGGGAUUGAACAGAAGGAAACUGAUUGACCAGGGUUUAUAUUGCUCCUUGAGGCAGUUGCUUGAGGUGGGGUUUUUCCAUGCUGAUCCACAUCCAGGAAACCUUGUUGCUACUGACAGCGGCUUUCUUGCAUAUUUUGACUUUGGAAUGAUGGGGGAUAUUCCUCGCCAUUACCGUGUGGGACUCAUUCAAAUGCUUGUGCAUUUCGUUAAUCGGGACUCGCUGGGUUUGGCAAAUGAUUUUCUUUCUUUGGGAUUUAUUCCUGAAGGGGUUGAUAUCCAAUCAGUUUCAGAUGCAUUGCAAGCAUCCUUUGGUGAUGGGACGAGACAAUCUCGAGAUUUUGAGGCAAUAAUGAACCAACUAUAUGAUAUUAUGUAUGAAUUUGACUUCUCCCUUCCCCCUGAUUAUGCUUUGGUGAUAAGAGCACUUGGAUCACUCGAAGGUACAGCAAAAGUUCUAGAUCCUAAUUUCAAAGUGAUUGAGAGUGCCUAUCCGUUUGUCAUCGGGAGGCUUUUGGCAGACCCAAAUCCUGACAUGAGAAGAAUUUUGAGGCAACUUCUUAUCUGCAAUGAUGGGUCCAUAAGGUGGAAUCGAUUAGAGCGCCUGAUAUUAGCAAUAUCUGAACAGGCUUCAGAGUCAACUGGAGAGGCUCCCAAGUCUGAAGAAGAUCUUACAAAUCCUUUUGGAUGGAAAUCAUUUGACAUGCGCUCUGUUGUUGGUGCAACUGAAGAUCUUCUGCUCUUCAUUCUAUCUGAAAAGGGUUGGAGGGUUCGUGUUUUCCUUAUCCGGGAUUUGAUUAAGGUAGUUGAUGCAUUUUUAGAAGAUGAAGUUGUUGGUUGCAUAUCUGAUGAAAAAUACGAAGCAAGUGAGGCAUCUAAGAGUGAGAGUCAUUCAAUGGUCAUGAGGGUAGUUGAUGGGUUCCAGUAUCUUCGUCAAGCAGUAAAGUUGGCCCCAGAGAUGUGGACAGUAAUGCUUAUACGGUUGACAUUGAAGCCCGAGUCCCGUGCAUUUACUCUUGACAUUAUUUCAGCUCUUACCCUUCAUCUUAGCCAUAAACUUCCUGAAAAUUUUUGGAAUUCUAUGUCUAAAAUUCUUCAUAAGUUGGAGAGGAACUACAGAUUUGAUGAUAAGAGGAAAAACCCUUGAUUUCUAUUUAUGAUUUUCCUUUUUUUCCAGCAUGAGAUUUCCCACAAAUGUUUGAUUGAGAAGAAAUAGAUGAUACCCUUAACAUUCCAGGAUAAUGUACAUAUCUAGAGAAAGCUCACUGGUUUUAAAGGUGAAUCAAACGCUAUGGAGAAAUCUCAUUUCCCUGUUCUACUGUUGGAUGGCAAUGGAGGAUAAUCGAGAAGCAUGUGCAUUUAUUGGGAUCGAUUGCAAAUGUGUCCAGGUUUUGCACCCAAGGUCAAUGGAAGCUUGGCAUGGAAGGUCAAGAGCUUAUUCUUUUAAGCUACAUUAGUGGUGAGACCUUCUAGGUUGGUAACUUUUCAUUUUAGCAGGGAAAAUAAUGAAAGCACCAUAUACUGGCACAAUCUUAGAUUUUGUUAUGAGGCCUGCACAGGCCAGCAAAAAAACAGAGGUUUUUUCACUCUUUUAUUCCCUGCUUUUGUUUUCCCUAUUAUUUGUAAGGCGCAGCGGAAGGGAAGAGGAGAAAGUAACAAGAGGGAACGAUAGAAGCAACUCUGGUGACAUGUCUCAUUCAAUUAAUGUAUUUUUCCUUGAUCCAAGGCAACUUGCUUAGAAAAACCUUGAAAUUUAUAUUGGUCGGCUAGGUUUGACAGAUUCUGAUUCCUGUUAUGCAACCCAUUGUUAUGUAUAAUAAUAAUAAUAAUAAUAAUAAUAAUAAUAGCAUAUUCAUUGGUAAA